GAGCGAGAGAGGGAGGGAGAGAGGGAGAGCAGUUAACUGACGCCCGCAUUACAACAGUUGUCUGGCUUCAAAAUGGAUAUUUAACAACAACAACACAAACCGACUGUGAAGAAGAGGCUGCUCUCACCAGAUUCCCUGUCCUUUCUGGACGCCUGUCUUCACUGGCCUGGAUCAGCUGUCCCUCCCGUCCCCCCCGGCCCAGCAGCAGACAAGAGGCGAGCCACUUUGUAGAGCAGCCGUGGAUCUGUGCAGAAAGAGGGGCGCGUCACAUGGGAGUGUGUGACUGUAUGUGUGUGUGAGUUUGUCUGUGUAUGUGUGUGUGAGUGUGUGUGUGUGUGUGUGUGUGUGUGUGUGUGUGUGUGUGUGUGGGUGUGGGUGUGCUCAGGCCUCCUGCCGUGGCCCUCUGUUCCCGGACAGGCAUGGCGGGGGGCAGAGAGCGCGGCUCUCGGCUGCAGAGGCCGUGGUCUGUCUACCGGGCCAACACCUUUGAACUCUCCGAUGAGAUGAUUGGCUUAGCCCUUGCAGGAAACAGUCAGGACCCAGAUGAACCCGUGCUGGAGUUCAGUGUGUCCUGCACAGAGCUGGUGACUCCGGCGCUGGAUCGAAAACCCAACAGCUUUGUAGCAGCGAGCUGCACCACGCCACCGCAGGCCUUUUGGACCAAACACGCCCAGACCGAGGUCAUAGAGGGCACCAGUAAUCCCAUCUUCCUCAGCAGCAUCGCCUUCUUCCAGGAGUCCAACAUCAACCAGCAGACACAAGUUAAACUGGCUGUCUACGAUGUCAAGGACCGCUCGCAGGGCACGAUGUACAUGUUGGGCUCAGCGCUCUUUCCUGUGAAGGAACUGUUGCAGGACAAGAACCACAGGUUACAACUGGUAUUGAGAUCGGCAGAAAACGAGCGGGUGGGGAACAUCAACGUGGUCGCCUGGCAGAUGGAGGAGAAAAGAGAUCAGAGGACGCCAGUUGCUCGCCUGCCGGACACCAUCAACGGCCGGACGGUGCUGCCUGUUGACGAGAGCCUGACCGAGUCGAUGGGAGUCAGAACCAAGUACGCUUCACUAUGCAAAGACACCCUGCUGCGCUCAGUGUUUGGAGGCACCAUGUCCAGGAUGUACCGCUUCCCCACCACGGAUGGGAAUCAUCUUCGGGUGCUGGAGCAGAUGGCCGAGAGUGUCUUGUCGCUCAACGUCCCCAGACAGUUCGUCAAGCUGCUGCUGGAGGAGGAUGCUGCCAGGGUGUGUGAGCUGGAGGAGCUGGGAGAGUUAUCCCCCUGCUGGGAGAAUCUACGGCGACAGAUUGUCUCGCAGUACCAGACCACAAUACUCGCGUACCAGGAAACACUGUCUGACCUUAACGACUACAGAGGUCCAUCGUUCAAGGCCAGUAACCUGAAGGCAGAGAGGAAGCUGGAGUUUAUGUCAACCAACCUGCAUGUGCAGAGAAUGAGAGUACAGGACGCCCUGGGCUUUGAUCACACAUAUGACGUGAUCACGAUUGGAGCACCAGCGGCUCACUGCCAGGGCUUUAAAAACAGCGGCCUGAGGAAACUCAUUCAGAAGUUUGAGGAGGCGAAGAAACACAUAUAUGAGGAGGGAUGCAGCGCUCUGUCUAGCUCGCAGUCCAUCGUCUACAUCCCGCAGGACAUCGUGCGAGCCAAAGAGAUCAUCGCCCACAUCAACACGCUGAAGACGCAGGUCAGCUACUACGCCGAGAGGCUCUCCAGAGCCGCCAAGGAGCGAUCCGCCAACGGGCUGGAGAGGACGCUUGCCAUUCUGGCAGAUAAGACUCGUCAGCUGGUGACAGUGUGUGACUGUAAGCUCCUGGCGUCAGCCAUCCAGGCCCUGAACGCAGCGCGACCCGAGUACAUUGCCUCCAAAGCGUCUCCCUCUGCCGACUCAGAGCAAGUAGUCCUUCGUAACGACCAGGACACACUGCUGGCCAAGUGGAGUGGCCGCAACAGCCGAUCCUCGCUUCAUGCAGACUGGCAUGAGGAGGAGUGGGAGAAAGUGUGGCUGAAUGUGGACAAAUCUCUGGAGUGCAUCAUCCAGCGCGUCGACAAGCUGCUGCAGAAGGAGAGGAGACCCAUUGACAGCUGUGUGGACAGUACCCAGCCUGACCAGCAGGGCGGCGUCAGUAAGAAAGGUAACGGGAGAACACGAGCCUUCUGGAUCAACCCAGGAAGUAUACAACAGGAAUCUUCAUCACCAUCAUCAUCAAUCCUCCCACCGCUACCAUCAUCAUCACCUUCCUUUCCAUCCUCAUCCUCUGUGCCCGCUCUCUCCUCUGCAUGCCGUCCCGACCCUGAACAAGAAGCCUAUGGAAGCCCCAGCACUGAGGAGGCAUACCCAGGUGAAUGGAGUGAGGCCCUGUACCCUCUCCUCACCACGCUUACCGAGUGUGUCGCCAUGAUGAGUGACAAAGCCAAGAAGUCCAUGGUGUUCCUUCUGAUGCAGGACAGCGCCCCGACGAUAGCCAUGGACCUGUCACUGCAGUACCGCCGCGACGUCGUCUUCUGCCAGACGCUCACCGCCCUCAUCUGCGGCUUCAUCAUCAAGCUGAGGAACUGUCUCCGUGACGACGGAUUCCUUCGGCAGCUCUACACCAUCGGCUUGCUGGCACAAUUCGAAUCCCUGCUAAGCACCUACGGGGAGGAGCUGGCCAUGCUGGAGGAUAUGAGUAUCGGCAUCAUGGAUCUCCGCAAUGUCACCUUUAAAGUCACCCAAGCGACUGGCAGCUCCGCCCCCGACAUGCUGCCCGUCAUCACAGGGAACCGGGACGGCUUCAACGUUCGCAUCCCGCUGCCAGGAACCAUGUUCGAUGCGUUGCCGCGGGAGAUCCAGAACGGCAUGCUUCUCCGGGUGCAACCGGUGCACUUCAACGUCGGCAUCAAUGAGCAGCAGACUCUGGCUGAGAAGUUUGGAGACACCUCCCUCCAGGAGAUCAUUAACUUGGAGAGCUUGGCGAGACUGAAUUCUUAUUAUGAGCAGUUUAAAGAAGUCCUACCUGAGGACUGCCUCCCAAGGUCUCGUUCUCAGACUUGUCUGCCUGAGCUGCUGAGGUUUCUGGGGCAGAACGUCCACGCCAGGAAAAAUAAGAAUGUGGACAUCCUCUGGCAAGCCGCCGAGAUCUGUCGCCGGCUGAACGGUGUGCGCUUUACCAGCUGCAAAAGUGCUAAGGACCGAACGGCCAUGUCGGUGACGCUGGAGCAAUGCCUGAUCCUGCAGCACGAACAUGGCAUGGCGCCGCAGGUCUUCACGCAGGCCCUCGACUGUAUGCGCAGCAUUGGGACGAGGGAGGGGGUGAUCCAGAAGAACCUGAGUGGCUUGCUGCCGGUGCGCGACUUCCGGCUGGACCCCAGCCUGCUUUACUCGCUGCCCCUGCUGGCCCUCAGCCCCAACCUCCUGGUGGUGUGGAUCUUCCUCAGCGUGGCCUAUUUCCUGGCCAAGCUCCGCUGCAGCUGAAUGUCCGCCGCUCUUCACACAACUCGGUGGAGAAAACGGACAAAAAGCGCAAAUGAAGCGCACAUCCAGCGAGUGUGUGGACAGUAUACACCAGGGACAGAAUAGUCCACAUGGAUCCCCCAAGGGUGUUUCUGAAGAUGUGCGGUCAAUCAUCCUGUCAAUGUGUUUGUAAUGCGUGCACACACUACUGUACAGCAUGUGCACGCCAUCCCACCCAAACUAAGGGCUGUACACACCUUCUGGUCCCCAAAAUCCAAGGCAAAGCUCUUUCAUGGAUCAUGAUUACUGAUUAUUGACUAUGCUUUUGUUUUCCUGUUGACAGGCAGGAAGAUGCAUGGUUAGAGAGAGCGAGAGAUAGAGGUAGAGACAGAGAGAUUGUCUGGCAGUGAGCCAGACAGUCAUUCAUUUGUAUUUCCAGGGUUCCUGCACAGGUCUAGAAGUUUUUUAGAAAAAGGGUUGAAAAGUUUGGGAAUUGCACAGGAACAAAAAACUCGGAAAAGGAAGGUAGAAUAGUUACGUCUCAUCACACAUAUGACACAUUUUAUGACACGUCAUGAGGCUCUAAACCUGCUGUCACUUUAUAUUGUGAGUCAUUUCACAUGAAUAAUCUUCAGCUAUAUACAGUAUGUGGCUAAUUAACAGUCAUAUUCACUAUUUAUCCUGUUAUCCGCAUGCAUCGGACCAAAAUCUUCAAAUCCAUUUGUGAAGCUGAGGUCUAGGAAAAGUUUUCAAACAGAAAACAUGUAGGAACCCUGUGUGUACAAGUGGUUUAUGUCGAUAUAUUAAAAAAAAUAUUGGUCAGAUGGGAAUUGGAAAAAGAAAAAACACUGGUGAUACUCGACUUUUUGCAUGUCAGACCUUCUUGAUCGACACCCUCUCUAGAGUCCGUCCCAUGCUCUAUGAUCUGUGAUCUCCUGGAUUUUAACCAACAAAGUGGCGUUGAGGUCUCAGAUGUGCAGUUACCAUCACUUGUGACUUGACCUUGUCAGCGAGUUUCCUGCCUUACUUCUCACUGUAAUAAUAUGACACCCUGUGAUUCACCAACAACAUCAAUAUUGUGUGAACUACAAAGCUGUAAAUUUGUGAAACUUAGAGCAGAAGUUGUGUCUCAGUUGUGAAUAUGUAUAAAUAAGCAGAUUACAUAUAUUGUGUUUUCAGAAAAGGGUUAUUAUUAAUAGUAGCCACUAUAAUGGAUGAAAAUUGAAUUUAUAUCAUAAGCUGUGCAUGAAAGAUCAGCCUCUUUUAUUUGUGCUUCAUGUUUUAGCUUGCUUGAUUUGUCUUCCAUGUGCAGCUGCACUUACCUUACAAGCUAGAGCAAAGAGAAAGAAAUCUAUUUUAUUUGGUGCCAAAAUCAAUAGAACAUAUUUUAGUUUAUAUUUUGCUACGUUUUUAAGGCCAAAUUUGCUUGUGUUUCUUUAGGUCUUCCUACUUUUGUAGACAGCAGAGGGAGACAUUUUGCUUCUACUUUAGCCAAUGCACUUUGCAGCAGAUCUGGGUCAGAUAUUACUGGUAAUUAUCACUGACUGUGUUUAUAUGCAGCCUGAUACAUCCGUUACAAAGAGGGCUGUAAAACUGAACAAACCCCCCCCUUUACUGAGAUUUUUCGGAGAAGUUUGGAUUUGAUACAUGUUUUAUUUUGGAAGUAGCUCUGAUUUGUUUUAUGUGCACACAAUGUGUCUUUAAUGGAUAAACUGAUAAAAUUAAGUUCUGCAUAUUGCUUGCAUUUACAACCCUAUUUACUUUAACUUAAAAUGAGCUGAUCUCAUAUAGACACAUCAACUGGACCUAUAUAACUAAAUUCAGCCCAUUCUAAUGAAGUUGUGAUUGUCUUAUAAUAAUAAAUAAACUGUUCCCUGAAGGAACAUGGCAAGAUUUUGUAUUGAUCUGUCAGGGAUCAGUACUGAAUCACUUCUGCAAGGAUGGUCACAGGAUCAUCUAAAUAACCCAACUGGAGAGCAAUGUGUAGGGCUUUGUCUUUUAUAAAGUUAUUUACAGUAAAAAGAGCAUGACAAAUGCUCAGCUUUAAUACGCUUGGAAGAUGCAGUUGGACUACCAACAAGUGACUACAGUACUGCUACUGUAGCAUAACCUCAAAAUAAACAAACAAAUAAAUAAAUAAAGUCAUCAAUUAAAUUAAAGUUUAUAAAUAAUUUCAGUGAUUUUUUUUAUUUUUUUAUUUAUUUUUUUUUUUGGUGGUCAUUUUAGAUUCUGCCUCAGAAGGAUACAAAGCUUUGCUGUUGAUUUGUCCUCAGGCAGUUCAUGUAAAGCCCUGAUUUAGUCAAACAUGGUUGCACUGGAUUAGCUAUUUUAUGUUUGGGGGAAAAAAUAAAUACAUAAUUAAAGUGUCAGAUGCCUUGGGGCUGCAGAUGUUAUAAAAAAGGUCCUGUUAUAUGAGUUCAGUUCAUUGGUAAUAGCAGUAAUAUGUUUAAUGUUGUCAGUGCCGUAAUACUUCCAGUUGAGAGUUUGCUUUCAUCUGCCAUGAGGGCAGAACGGGGCCCGGCUGGCACCUUUGGGGCAGUUUAAUUGGUCCCAGUGUGCCAGCCAGACCAGAUGAGUCGACCUCUGAAAAGCAUCUGAACCCAUUCGAAGCAGUAGCUCAACCCAAAUCUGCUCUCCAUCUCUUUUGCCAAUGCAGUGAAGAUUAACUCUGUCUCGCCAAUUGACAAAGUUCAAUCUUUGUGUUUUUUAGGAUGCAAUUUCUAAUUGGCUAAUUUUGGAAUGUAUGCUAGUAGGAUAUUCAGGGGAAAUGUGUUUGAUUAUGCAGUGUAGCACUGUAGGUUCUUCACACUAUAGAGCAUUUAUCAAUGAUCAGUAUCUGUUUACAUUUACUCAGACAUUGAUUUUGUGGUUGUAAUAAGUUGAUGUGACUAGAUACUCAAAGGCCAGCCAGUAAACUUUUCACUUAUUAGCUUUAUAGAGUUGUGUUUCUUAGAUUGAAGGAAGUGAUAUUAUUUGAUAGAUUGUGUGGCUAGUCCACUGUGUUUGCAGUUAAGCUGUAGGAUGAGUGAAUGAGGAAUGUAUUUAUGCUUGUGCCAAAUGCUUCAGUCAGGUUUCUGUCAGAUGAAUCUGCUUUUGGAGGAUCUCUCUUUCCAAAGAGGUUAGACCAGGAUGGAUGUGACAUCCUAGUCUGAAUCCAGUUCACUUCUCAGUCAUGUAUGUGCCCUGGGAAUAAGGAUAUACUACUAAAAAAUAUUCACCUCAAUGCAUUUAAUCUGUUUAAUCCUUUUCUGCCCUUAAAAUAAGAGAAUAAAUCCACCAGUAGGGUGUGAAAAUUCAUUUUUCCUUAAUACAGUUUGACUUGGUUCAGGAGCUUUCAAGUGGCAGUACAGCGAAAUAGGGUGAAUAUUUCUCACACCAAUGGCAAAUUGUUUGUUAUAAGUGAACGUAGUGUAACUACACUAGGAAAUAAGGACACAUAAUAUACAUGCAGACACAUUGCUUCCAAACCAUGCACUUUACUUCUAAUGCAGCAGGGUCAUUUUGUGCAGUUGCCAUCAUUUGCACCAACUGUCAUUUCAAAUAUGAUACACUACAGUACAUUAAUUUUAAAAUUUAAAAAUGUAUGGACCAGCUCACAGUCGUAUUACCUAGCCACCAUCAACAUUUAUCUUAAACACCAUCCAAAAUUUUCAAUUCAGUGACAAAAUUAAUGGGAAAACCCACCCUAAAACAUUUUUACACACUUAAAAUAACAGCUAUUGCGUCAGGCUGUUAAAUUUUUUGGUGUAUUUUUCUUCUUUCUAGAGAUAACUGGCUAAAUGUAGAUGAUGUGGCUCAUCAUCCAGAUAGCAGACAAAUUCUCAGCAAUCUAAAACGUCAGGUUUUGGUGUCAGUCCCUCACAAUCUAAGAGCUGAUUGAGCUGAUUGAUAGCUUUCUAAAGAUUCAUAUGCCUCAACGCUCACCAUUAGAAAGUGAAAACAUCUCCAGAAGUUGUCAACAACCGUUUUAGAAAAUUUAUCACUAACUGGAGUAGAAGUAGAUAGUGGAGUGAAAAUGGGCUCACCAAAAAAUGAAUAAAUAAAACAAUUUUACAAAUCAGAGAUGGUGGAUUUGGAAAUGGAAGAUGAAAUUUGGAAAUGGAAAAUAUGUUACAGUCCAGUGUUUGGACAACAAGAGGCCCUCAGUUCGCUUCGCACUCUGGAAACCUGCCUUCCAGAAAUCAAUAUUUUUACCUACAUCUGUGAAACUAAAUGAACACACCAGGCACCUCCUGUGAACAUAGAGGCUCCGUCUCAUUUAGACUGACCCAGUAAGGAAAUGGAUCAGACCAAAAUAACUUCCUCUGGGAAUCUACCAUGCUUCUUUGUGACCCCUAAACACACAUACACACACUCACACACACAUCGUCACAGCCGCUGGAGUGAUGAGGGGCAGAAAUAAUAUUCCAUAUCCUUUUUUAUCCUCCUUGAUGAUAAAUAUUAAUAUAUAAUAUAUAACGUUUUGCAACCCUCCUUCUUGGCUACUUGCAGGAUUUUAUUGGUCAGCACUAUAAACCUUUGUUUGACUGUUGUGUAUCUUUUGUGUAAAUAUUGAGAUUUGAUUUUGUAUUAGGAAUUAUUGUGUAUCUCGUCUAUUCUAUUAAUGAGCGCUCCUGUUUAGAACUACCUCUGUAAGACAGAAGAUAUCCUUUCCACUUUAUUUGACGCUGUUUUACCUGAUAUGACAAGAGGGGGCGGGGGCACAGGGAUGUUAUGUUCGUUUAUAAUAUGUAAUCUAUCAGUGGCGCCACCUGCUGUCGUAAAAUAGUCAAAAACAUUUAGCCAGAGUGAUAGGAGUAAAUGAGAUUUACUCUGUCAAAUGUUAAAAACACUCUAUUAUUUCAAGAAUAAAUCCACUUAGGGUGACAUUUUUCAGUUUAUGAUAUGAUUUCUAUUAAUUCUUGAUGAUUUCAUUAGUAAUUAUUUAAGAGGUAAUUAUCCUUAGGUAAGUAAUUACACUAAAGUGCUUCCCGAAUGAUUUAUCAAGCGUCCUUAUACCACCCCAUUAACAGAGAAAUACCCAAUGUCAGUUAUACCAGUGUUACUUUAGUUUUUAAUCCUAUUUUUUCUAUACAAAGGUGUAUUCCCAAGAAUCAAAAUGGAUCAAAGAAUAUAUUUAUAUUGCUGUACAUAAAUUGUAUUUAAAUGCUUGUAUGCCUAAACACUAAUGUUUGCUAAAUUUUGUCUUUAAUUAUUCGAAAGCAGAGAAUAAUAUAUCUAUAUGUGAUUAUGCCUUUGCCAUAAAUUGCCAUGCUGUUGUCACUUUAUAUCAUAGCAGGUGUGAUUUCAGCUAAAUGUGUCUGUGUGAUUUCUCUGUGUUCAUAUAAAUCUCAAUUUUAUUUCAUAACAAUUGUGAACCCGUGGCUAUUACUGUAUUGAACUUCCCAUUAACACAAACAUCUACAUAACAGCAAUCUGCAGUUAAUAACACAAUAAUCAUGUUACUAUUGUUGUUGUUUUUCUUCUCAAUUUGUAGAUUGAGUCUUUUUGUUUUUACAAGCUGAUGAAAAAGUGAUGGAAAAGUUUGAUUUUUUUUUUUUUUUUUUUAACCUUCCUAAUGUAACAAACCCAAUAAUAUAAGAAAUAUUAUUUGCUGGAAAAAUAGAUAUUCUGUUAAUUGUAACACUUAUUAUGCUACUGUAUUAACUGCAAAUUGCUGUUUUGCUAAAGGUUUAUUACAUUAAUGGGACGUUGUUUCAGUAAAUGAACAGUUUUGAGGCUCUGGAGGGAGGCUGCCCUUGGUGCUGACCAGGUCUGUGGGUUCUGGGGGUCAAAGAGGAGAUCGAUAACUUGUCAGUCUGGUGGAUAAAUAUAGUUGCAACUCCAGUUUCCUUUGGUGAGUUUGUAAAUUGAACAGCUUUGCUUUUUACAGAAAGUGACUUUAUAGGACAAAACAAUGAAGUGGAGAUACUUAAGUUCUAAAGAUGGAUUUCAGCUUGGUCAGCAUCCAGCGGGCCACAUCCUUCUCCAUGAAGUCGACUCGGCUCUAAAAUGUGAUCCUGUGCAGCCCUUGGUAAUCAGUGCUUUUCCUCUGAGACUCAAUAGCGAUCGAUGUCCCAAAAGAAUGAGCUGUAGCCGUGUCAUGUCAUCUUGUGUAUUACAUGUUGCACUAAAUGUAUCACAAACCCAAGAAAAACCAACACUCUGUGUGUCGUGAUCGCCAGGCUCGUGCUAUUAAAUAAAUGUUUAUUUUUGGUUUGUUUUGUUUCCACCUGCAGAAUAUAAAAACACAGUGAAAUAAUAUCUGAUGGGUUUUUAAAGUUCAUUUCUUCAUCGUCAAACAUUUCCCACAUCUGUGCAAGUGUGUCACUGACUUGCAUAAAACACAAAAUUGCUCUCUUCACUUUUGCCUCUUAAGUUCUGUGGUGAUAAAUGAAGAUUAUUUUCAAGGAAAUGCAUUGCUGAAAUUGGGUUACAUCGGUUUUCCGAUGGAGCAACCAAUGCUUCAAGGUGCUUUAGAUAGAAAUUCACUAAAUUGCAAACUGUAUGUUACGACGCACAUAAAAAUGAUCUGUUUUUCAGCCAGGAGAAAUCAGUGGUUAUUACCCAGCAGGUAUCCAAAAUCUGGAUCUGUACCCCAUCUUUCCUUCCUUCUUUUCUCCCUUUCUCUUCUCGUCCAUUUACAUCCAUCCAUUGGUCCAUCUAUCCUUCCAUCUGUAUGAUUGGUUUUGCAUGUUUGAACCAGCAGGGCUUGUUUUCCGUCAUUGUUUCAUCUGGCAUCUUUUUCUUCAUUUACUCUUCUUGACCCUUACUAACUUUUGUCAACAUCAGCAGAACUUCUCAUUUCUCUGUUUUGUGCCUCCUCGUCUCCUCGUUCCUCCAUCCUCCAUUGGCAUUGUUACAUUUGAAACAAAAUAACCCUGUAGCUUGCAGAA